CUGAACGCCAUCAACAUCUUUAUCAAGGAGGAUACCUGCAUGGACUUAAUCUUCAAAUAAAUGACAGCUGAAAAGAAGAAGAAUACAAUAGAAUACCAAAAUGAGGGACUACGAGGGGUCCAUUGCGUUCCUGGGGAUCUGGGGCUGGUACCAGGUGAAGGUCAUCUUCUUCCUCUGUAUUCUCAGCUUUCCUGCUGGGUACAACAUCCUGUCUGUCAUCUUUCUGCUGGCCAUUCCCCCACACCAGUGCUACAUCCCAGCACACAGCAACCUGAGUCAGGACUGGAUCCAGGCCAGUAUCCCAAUACAGGUGAGAACCAGAGGCAGGCCUGAUCAGAGAAGCAGUUGUAGCCGCUAUGAGAUGCACAUGAUGCAGAACUUGUCUGCACUCGGAAUAAAACCCAACCUUGCCCAGAUCCACAACGAUUCUGAAUUCGGAGCAAGUACAGGGGUCAUGCUGUCCAACCUGAAGCAGGAGGAGUGCAAAGAUGGAUGGAUCUACGGCACAGAGCACUACGAGUCGACUGUAGUCACUGAGUUUAACCUGGUGUGCGGCAACAAGUGGAAACAGCCAAUGUCCUCUUUCAUCUACUUCCUGGGAUCACUUUGUGGCUGUUUCCUCUCUGGACAGAUCUCUGACCGGUUUGGCAGGAAACUUGUUCUGUUCAGUUCCAUUUUCAUACUAAGUGUCUUCAGCAUCGCUUUGAGUUUUGCUCAGUCCUGGGCCGUCUUCAAUGUGCUUUUCUUCAUGGUGGGCAUGGGUCAGCUCAGCAUCUACAUAAUUCUUCUUGUACUUGGUUCUGAGCUCCUAGUUGGUGUUCCAAGAGUUCUCUUCAGCAGCCUUGCUUUGAGGUUUUUCUAUGCGGCUGGUAUGAUGGCAUUCCCUGGCACCGCCUACGUAGUCAGGAACUGGAGACAUCUAUCAGUGUUAAUGGCUUUGCCUGGUCUGGCCUGUUUCCCCCUUUGGUGGCUGGUUCCAGAAUCUCCUCGCUGGCUGGUGUCCAAAGGCUGUUUUAAAGAAGCAGAACUCCUGCUAAGGUUUGCUGCUCUGGAGAACAGAGUGGAAUUUCCAUCUGACCUCUUUCGCUCAGCAAAAUCUCAACAGUCUGAACAGUCGCAGCAACCCGAACAACCUGAACAGCCUGAACAACCAGCACAACCUGAACAAUCUCAGCAAUCUGAACAACCUCAGCAACCUGAACAACCUCUGCAACCUGAACAACCUCAGCAAUCUGAACAACCUCACCAAUCUGAACAACCUCAGCAACCUGAACAACCUCUGCAACCUGAACAACCAGCACAACCUGAACAAUCUCAGCAACCUGAGGUUUCUGGUUACAUGGGUCUGCUGAGGAACACGACCACUCGAAGUAUCACACUCAUAGUGUGGUUCCUCUGGUUUUCUUUGAAUGUGAGCUACUUUGGAUUAUCAUUCAACAUGACUACUCUCUAUGGCAACCCCUUUCUGAACUACGCCUUGCUGUCAUUAAUGGAUAUCCCGACACACUUGGUCAGCUGGUUUUGCGCAAAAUAUUUUCCUCGCCGCGUGUCCUUUAUUGUCUUGUCCCUGCUGGGGGCGCUGGCACUCUUUCUCAUCCAGAUCACUUUGCACAUCCUUCUCCUCCCUUCAGAGUAUCACAACAUCACCCUCACCCUGGUGCUGCUGGGUAAAUUUGGAGUCCUGGCUUCUGAAGGGAUCCUGCACCUGCUCACUGGAGAACUGUCUCCCACAGUCAUCAGGAAUACGAUGUUGUCGUCUGCUGCCUUAUUCUCCAGAGUGGGGUCCUCUAUCACCCCAUACCUAUUGCAGCUGGCUGAGUUCUACGAGUUUCUGCCGUGGUUGACUGUGGGUUCCCUGUCAGUCAUCGGUGUCCUUGUCUCCCUUUUCCUUCCGGAGUCAUUUGGAAAACCGCUUCCUGAUACCAUCGAUCAGAUGCAAGUCAUUAAGAAGUUCAAAUUUAAAGGGCUCUGUUGCCAAAAGGAUGAUGGGAAUUCAGCUGAGGUCCAGGAGCCAGCUGUCAGCGAGACUUCUUUGUCUGAGAUCAAAUGCUCAACUGCCUUUUAA